AUGGUUUUUGACAACGUUAGAGAUAUAUCAUCAAUAGAGCCCUUAAUAUCCAAUAUUGGUCCAUAUAAUGAAUUUCCUGAAGAAUAUAACCUGGAUGAUUCAUUUAAAGCACUUCAGGAAAGUAAAAUAUUAAUUAUUGGAGCAGGAGGAUUAGGAUGUGAAAUAUUGAAAAAUUUAGCCAUGGUGGGAUUCAAGAAUUUAUACAUUAUAGACAUGGAUACUAUAGAAUUAUCUAAUUUAAAUCGACAAUUUUUAUUCCGUAUGAAAGAUAUUGGGAAAAGUAAAGCAGAAAUAGCUGCUCAAUUUGUUAGAGAUCGAAUUGAUGAUCCGUCUUUGAAAAUCGAAAGUUAUUUCACCAAAAUUCAAAAUAAACCAAUUGAAUUCUAUCAACAAUUUAAUCUUGUUAUAAGUGGAUUGGAUUCAAUUGAAGCCAGAAGAUGGAUCAACGCGACAUUGAUCUCUUUGGUUCAACAAGGGUAUAUGAUCCCAUUGAUUGAUGGUGGUACAGAAGGAUUCCGAGGUCAAUCAAGAGUUAUUAUUCCUACUGUCACUUCAUGUUUUGAAUGUUCAUUAGAUUUACUAUCUCCAAAAGUAACCUAUCCAGUAUGUACGAUUGCAAAUACACCAAGAUUGCCAGAGCAUUGUAUUGAAUGGGCAACUCAAAUAGAAUGGAACAACAAAUUUGCUGGGAAAAAAUUGGAUGGAGAUAAUCCCGAACACAUUGAAUGGGUAUAUCAAACUGCAUUGGAAAGAGCAAAUGAAUUUAAUAUUGAUGGAGUCACCAAACAUUUAACUUUAGGGGUAGUGAAAAAUGUUAUUCCUGCAAUAGCGUCGACCAAUGCUAUAAUUGCAGCAAGCUGUUGUAAUGAAGCAUUUAAAUUGAUUACUGAUUCCAAUCCAAUAUUGCAUAAUUAUAUGAUGUAUACGGGGGAUGAUUCUAUUCAUACUUAUACUUUUGAACAUUCUAAGAAAUUGCAUUGUAUUUGCAGCUCAUAG